AUGGCAAAUCCUCCUUUGUCAACUCAAGAUAAACCAAUAACAAAUUACAAUGAAGCAUUGAAUAGCCAGAUUAACAAUACGAACCAACAAAAUAUCCAGCACCCACAACAACUACAACCGCCUCCAUCACUGAUUCUUAAUCAAAAUCCACCAAAUGAAAGCAACAACACAGGAGUAUCUAAUGGUGAUGUUGAUUGGUUAUUUCGAGGAAAAAGUAAGAAAUUGGCUAAAAAACAAACUAGUAAUGUACCAACUACGAAUAACAACGGUAAUAAUCAACUGAGUAAUACGAAACCAAAUGGCAAUAUAAAUGAACAAUCAGAAGACAGAUCAAAAGAUGUAGCAAAAAAGCAAGAACAUUCCGAGAAUCUUCAACAAAAACAAAGUCAACAAACUCCACCGCAAGAACCAAUUCAACAACAACUGAAACAUAUCAAACACAAUAAUGAAGAAUCGUCCACAUCUACAAAGCAACCCGAAAAGACAUCAAAACUAGAUAAAUUAAUCGGUCGUUCUAGAUCAUCAUCGGCUUCAAAUGUUACACAACAGCAACAACAACAACAGCAACAACAACAACCAGCUAAACGAAGAACAAGUAGUUUCAAUAUCGCACCUUCGUUAACAAGUGAUUUAGUAUACAAUGAUCAUGAUGAAGCACUAUUAGCACAGAGAAAAAAUGUAUCAACUCCCAACUCAUCCACCACUUCAUCACCAAGCAUUUCAAGAUCAAAUAGUAAAAAAGGUUUAUUUAGUUCGAUAACGUCUAAAUUUAAAUCUCCACAACAUUCUCAACCUCAACAACUGCAGCAACAACAUCAUCAGCAACAAAAACAACAACAAUCACAAUCAAUACCGUCUUCACCAAAAUUAAAUCCAAAUUUAAUAGGUUCAGCUUCAAACCCCAAAAGAGAUGAAGAUUUAGUUUCUCAAACUGAUAAACCACCAGCAGGAAUACCUACACGACGUCGAAGUUUAAACAAUCAAAAACCUAAUAAUAAUGGUGGGUUAUUCAAAGAAUCAUAUCAAGAUGAAAAUCCAGUAAGUGCGUCACCUAAUGAUAGUUUAAAUUUCUUUAGAAGAAGAUCAUCAGCUGCUAAGAUCAAUCAUAACAACACAAUGACUUUACCGCCAAGAGUUAUACUAAAUAAAAACAAUAAAAGAGUUAAAUUACCAUUAAAAGAUUUAAAAGAUGUUAAAAUUCAAAGAGUUACCUUUGCGAUAAAUCAAUUAGAAUAUGAUCCUCAACAACAAAUCCCAUCAAGAAGACCUAAAAAGGGUAAUGUAUUAAUUCCUCAAGAUUUAAAUGCACCUCCACCAAGAGUAUGUUUAGGAAUUGCAGUUAGUUCAGAAAAAGAUGGGAAUGAUAAAACUAAUACCACUACUUCAUCAUCACAAUAUAGUGAAAAAGAAAUAUCAAUGGCAUAUGAAGCUCAAAAGAGAGCAUUAGCAGAAACUGAAAAACAUCAAUGUGAAGCUCAUUUACGAGCUAAAAGAAUAGCAAUGGAAGUUGCUAAUUUCAAGAAUAUAAAAUCAAAACAACUUUCAAAAGAAAAUGAAAUAAUUAUUGAACAAAAAGAAGAAGAAGAAGAAGAAGCUGAUAUUGAUUCAAAAGUACUGAAAAAAUUUAUAAAUGAUGCAAGAGUUGAUCAACCUUUACAUUUUCAUGAACAACAUUUUGAAAAUGAAAAUGAACCCGAAAGGAAUUCUUCUUCAGAAAAAGGAUCAUCACCAUCAUUAGAAACUAUUUAUACAAGAUGUUGUCAUUUACGUGAAAUUUUACCAAUUCCAGCUACAUUAAAACAAUUAAAAAAUAAAACAGCACCAUUAGAAGUUUUAAAAAUGUUAAAUCCCAAACCAACAUUAAUUGAUAUUUUAUCAUUUUCAGAUUUUAUUGCAAUAAUACCAAUAAAUACAGUAAUAUUUGAUAAUGUAACAUUAACAACAGAAAUGUUAAAAAUAAUUUUGGGAUCUCUUAUAAAAAGUAAUACUUUAGAAAAAUUAUCUUUGAGAAAUGUUGCAAUUGAUCAUUUUGGUUGGAAAUUAUUAUGUACAUUUUUAGCUGUAAACAAGACUGUUAAAAAAUUAGAUAUUUCUCAACAACGUAUAAAAUCAGAAACAAGUUCUGAUUGUAUUAGAGGUAAUUUAAAUUGGGAUUUAAUUAUUGAAUCAUUAUGUUAUAGAAAUGGAAUUGAAGAAUUAGUUAUAAAUGGAUGUAAAUUAAGUGAUGAAGUAUUUCAUAAAUUAAUUAAUAAAGCAGUUAAAAUAGGUACAAGAAGAUUGGGAGUUGCAAAUAUAGAAAUGAAUAUUAACAAAGCUCAAAUGGUUGCUGAUUAUGUUAUUGAUCCUGAAUCUAAUUGUGUUGGAAUUGAUAUUGCUUUUAAUGAUUUAAGUCAAGGUCAAUUAAAACCUUUUAUUAAUGCUUUUAAUAAUGGUCAUGCAAGAUUAAUGUUUUUAUCUAUUAAUUCAACAAAUUUAUGUGAUGUUGAAGAAGCUUCUGAAUUUUUAAAAAGUUUAAUUAAUGUAAGAACAUUAAGAUUCUUGGAUUUAAGUUCUAUCCCCAAAAUAUUUCCUGAAAUUAUUUCUUCAUUAGAUGAAUAUUUACCACAAUAUGGAAAUUUAAGAAGAUUACAUUUAGAUUUAAAUGAAUUAACUGCAAAAGGGAUAGGAUCAAUUGCACUGUUUUUAUCAAAAGUUCCUCAUUUAGUUCAUUUAUCAUUAUUAGGUAACAAGAACUUAACUCAUUCAGUUGCUGCAACAUUAUAUUCAGCAGUAAAACAAUCAACAACUUUAUUUGCAUUAGAUUUAGAUUAUGAUUUAAUUGGAGAUGAAAUAUCUCAACGUAUUGCAUUUUAUUUAAUGAGAAAUAUGGAUCAAUCAUUAAAUUCUCAAUAUCCUUCAGAAUUUAAUGAUAAUGCAAAAGAAGAAGAUUUAAUGUUUGAUGGUUCAUUAUUAAUGGAAUCUGCAGAAAAAUUAUUAAGUGAAGUUGAUCAACAUGAUAAAUUAAUUGAUUUAAAAAUUCAACAAAUUAUUUCAAAUGCAAUGUUGGAAAAAACAAAAAGUAUUAGAAAAGAAAUUCAUACUACAAUUGAUGGAUUAUUUGCUAAGAGAUCUCAAAAUAAUUUAUCUUUUGAAGGUAAAGAAAAUUUAGUUAGAUUUUGUUUAUUAGAUUCAACUUUAGAGAAACUAGUUCAAAUGUUAGAAUCUGUUCAAAAUCAUCAACAUCCUGAAAAACCAAAUGAAAAAACUACUACUGAAAACGGUAAUCAUUAUUAUGAUGAUACAAUUCAUCAAAGUUCACAUGAAUUAAUUACAGCAGGACCAAUUUUAUCACCAAGAUCAUCAUCUACUUUCCCACAAUUAACAUCAUAUUUCCCAGGUAAUGAAAAUAAUAAUAAUUUAUUAACACCACAUCAAGUUGUUGUUGAACCAAAUUCAGAAGGUAAAGAUAUAAUAAUUGAUAAAUUUACAGGUAGACCAGUUUUAAUGAGAUCAAAUAGUCAAGCAAGUUUACAUGCAAAAGAACAAGAAAUUGAAGAAGGUGAAUUUCAUAAAUUUGGAUUAUUUAUGCAACUGAGAAAUGAUGAAGAAUUAAAUAAAAAAGAUUUUCCCUUGUUAAAUACUUUACCUUCUGGGUCUGAAUUAAGAGAUGCAAUAAUUAAAGCAAAAGGAAUUGAAAAUGUUAAUGAUUUAAUUGAUAGGAUUAAUAAGAAAAAUACAAAUAAUAAUCCGAUUGUAUCAAGAUCAAAUCUGACAGAAAAUGUACAAGAACAACAGCGAUUACAACAACUGCAACAAGAAUUACAAAAUCAAUACCAACACCAACAACAAAGUACAAAACAUUCCAUUCCAACAAGUCCAACUUUUCAAGCUAAACGUAAUAACAGUAAUGAUGAUACAAUUAGUGAGACUGGAUCAAUUGAAUCAGAAAUUCAUCAACCUAAUGCUAUGGUUGAUGAAGUUUAUGAAAAAUUAUUAAAUCAUGCUGAAAAAACAAGAUCAAAUAAAUUAGAAUAA